GAGGGCGCAUGCGUACCAACGUUUCCGCUGCCGUCAAUACUAUCUACCGCCAUAUUGUUGUCAACUCCGCCGUCAUUUGACGUUAUUUGGAGGGUUUUUACACCACUCUUACCAGGGUGAGGGAGGAUGGCACAGUUUGGUGGUGGGAAAGCGCCUCCACCAUGGCAGCAAAGGCCACAGGCGACUCCGCAGCUGCAGCCAUCUCUCCUCGGUCAACACCCAUCGGCCCCUAGCCAGCAGCUGGUGCUGGGUGGUGCUCCUCAACAGCCACAGUAUGCACCCGUUCAACAGAGCAUGAUCCAGCCACCAGGUUUGGGAGGUCUGCAGACUCUUGGUCAACCUACCAUCACCCAACAGACAAUAGGUCAACCCAAUACAGGGGGCAGCCUUAUGGGCCAGCCUCCUAUAACCCAGGCCUUGCAGCCCCCCAGCCUUGUCAAUCCUGCCCAGAUGACCAACUCACAAAUGCAGCCCCAGAUUCAACCACAACCCCAGCCACAGGGACAGCCACAACCACAGCCUCAGGUGACAGCAGUAAGCUACCCAACCCCAAGGGCCUUGGCUCCUCCCGGUGCAUUUAAUCCUGCAGCUACCCCUAGUAAUAUGGCCACUCUUGCCACCAACCUACAGACUAAUUUACAAAAUAAUAUUGCCAACAACAAUGCUGGGCAACAGCCUCAGAAACAGCGUGUGUUUACCGGGACCAUUACCAAACUGUGUGCUGAUUUUGGCUUUGUUGAUGAAGAUGUCUUUUUCCAGACAAGCAGUUGUGUUAAAGGACAAGCACCAAAAGUCGGAGAUCGUGUGCUGGUGGAAGCAACAUAUAAUCCUAAUAUGCCUUUUAAAUGGAAUGCCAACCGUGUACAAGUCAUUCCUGGACCCACAGGAGCUCCAACCCCAAAUCAAAGCCGCAGCAAUCUACCUGUGAGGGAGAUGAAUAGCAGAGGAGGUUCCUAUAAUGCUGUGCCUCCACCUAAUUUCAGUAGUGAAACUCCACCUGGAGGUUUUGGUCCUCGUGGCUGCAUUGGACCUCGUCCUCGAUCUCCUAGAAGAGACAGAAGGGAAGAGCGCACUAGGACGUCGAGAGAUAGAGACCGGGAACGUAAUGAAAAAGAUAAGGAAGAAAAACGGGAAAGUCGAAAGCGAAGUAGGAGUAGAGGACGUUCUCGAUCACCACCUCGCCGGAGGAUGCGAGUUGUCCCACGCUAUAAUGUCCAAGUUCCUAAAAUUUUAUUACACAUGAAAGAAGCUAAUGUGUUGGAGCUGAAGAAGCGGUACAGCAAUCUUUAUGUCCCAUCCGAUGUCUUUUUAGCACGCCCUCUGUGGUCAGACACAUUCCCUGCUCACCGACCGUUCCUGUUCCCUCGGCCAGUUUCUUUUCACAUCAUGAAUAAAGAAGUAGAGCCUGUGCUUGAGAAUGAUGCUGUGUAUGAUGCUCCUGAUGCUAACCAUAGCUAUGCUGCUAAGGUCAUGUUGAUGGCAGUACCAGCCUUAGAAGAUAUCUACCGUCGUUCUUGUGCAUUAAGCGAAGACCCUAGUGAUAUUCGUGAGUGUUUUGUCCACCCAACACGUCUCAUCAACUUCCUAGUGGGGCUCAAGGGAAAAAAUGAAACUAUGGCUAUUGGUGGCUACUGGAGUCCUUCCCUUGAUGGUGUCAACCCAGAAAAGGAUCCAAACGUUCUCAUACAUACCGCAAUCCGCACCUGCAAAUCCCUGACAGGCAUUGACCUGGCAGGGUGCACCACCUGGUACCGGUUUGCGGAGAUUUACUAUCGCCGAGGAGAAUCUACACACAAGGGCCGGAGUUCGCCUGCCCGGGUUGAAACCACUGUACUAUUUCUCCCAGAUGUUUGGAACGUUUGCCCAGCCAAACUGGAGUGGGAUGGUCUCCACCUCAACUAUAAGCGGCAGCUGGACAAGAAGCUCUCCUCCUCGGCAGGAUUCCAGCAGCAGCCCGAGGAUCAGGAGGGGGAGGAGGAGGAAGACAAGGAUGAGACCCCUAAGAAAAAGGAUCCAAGCCACUAUGCCACCUUAGAUCCGAAGAGUAUGAAGGUGGUUGAACUUCGGGCAGAGUUGGAUGCCCGCAUGUUAAAUAGCAAGGGUCUGAAAUCACAGCUGAUUGCACGCCUAACAAAAAUAUUGAAAAAUGAACAAGAGAAAGAGGAAUCUGAAAAGGCAGCAAGUGCAGAGAGUACUGAAACAGAUGAAGUGAAGAAGAAAGAGGAGGAAGAGAGGAAAAAAGAAGAAGAACGUAAAAGAAAAGAGGAGGAGGAGAGAAAGAAAGAGGAAGAGGAGAAAAAGAAGGCAGAGGAGCGGGAAAGAAACUUGCUUGAGAAGCGAUACACCCUUCCCGAUCAGCCAAUGAUUGUUGUUCAUCCAUCACGCACUGCAAAGUCAGGCAAAUUUGACUGCACUACGAUGUCACUUUCUGUGUUGCUGGAUUACAGACAGGAGGACAACAAAGAACAUUCCUUUGAAGUCAGUCUUUUUGCAGAAUUAUUCAAUGAAAUGCUCAUGAGAGAUUUUGCGUUCCGCAUUUACCGUGCCCUGUUUGAAUGCCCAGAAAAGCCAGCAAAGGAAGAAAAAAAAGAAAAAGAAGAAAAGAAAGAGAAGGAGAAAGACAAAGAAAAAAGAGAUAAGGAGAAAAAAGAUGACAAAGAAGAAAGAGAAAAGAAAGAAGAAAAAGAAGAAAAAGAAAAGAAGGAUGAAGAAGAAGAUAAAGAAGAGAAAAUGGAAGAGGAUAAAGAUGGCGAAAAAAAAGAAAAGAAAUUGCCAGAGAAGGAAGAGAAAGAAGAGAUAAAAGAGGAGAAGGAAGAAAAGAAGGAGGAAGAGGAGGAGGAGGAGGAAAUAGAGGACGAUGACGACGACGAAAUUGAUGAUGACGAUUCCAAAGAUGAAGCCAUCAGUAGUAAAGGUGGAGACAAGGAGAAAGAUGACCGCAAGGACACCAAAGACGGAAAGAAGAAGGAUGACAAGAAAGAUCGAGAAAGAAGAGAAAAGAAGGAGAAGAAAAAGAUGAUCACAAUUGACCCAUUCCUUCUCCUGUCAUUUGUUUACUUCGACCAGACACAUACGGGUUAUAUAAUUGACCGAGAUCUUGAGGACAUCAUCAAUAUGCUCGGUCUCAACCUAUCUAGAGCACAGCAAAAGAAAUUAAUGUCAAAGGUAAUGUCUCGAGAUGUCUUACACUACCGAAAAUUGACUGAUGUUUCCUUAGACGACAAGGACAAACCAAGAGACCCUCCACCACUCAUAGACUUGGAAAGUUUGGCUAAGGGUAACAAUACUGUGAUGCCAUUAUUUGCCGAUACGUUUACUACAUCCGUGUGUAUAGAUAUAAGGACACCGUCCAGAAAAAGUUCUCGCAACAAAGAAGAACCGUUGGUAUCGUCUACAGGUAUUAUAGGUGUAGUGAAGUAUGGUGGUUCUCUGGUGGACAUCGGGAAAUUAAUACAACAGUUAGAAAAAUCUGAGAAUGCAAGAAGUAACACAGAAGAGAAGCUUAAAGAACUACAGAAGGAACUAUUAAGCUGCAAAGAAGAAUCCAAGAAAUCAUAUGAGAGAUGCAGUAAAUUAAAUAAGGAGCUUAAAUCUACUAAUUCCAACUUAAAAACCAUGGAAGAAGAGCUUCAAAAGGCCAUUGAGGACAACAAUGUAUACCAGAGAGCAUUAAAUCAAAUCAAGAUGGUGAUCCGGCCUCUAGUUGCAGGUGUCGACCUCGAUGAGGAGGAUUUUACCAUGAGGGAAAUAAAGGAUAAUUCUAAAGUAAAGCCUGAGCCUUUAGAGAAUGGCACAUUUGAAUGAAUACAAAUAAAAAAAAUUUCACUGAACUUUUUUGCUACAGUCUGUUCAAGAUGUAAUAUACCGGUAUCUGAAAUUGUAAGUUUGAGUACAAGAAACAAGGACUACAGGACAGGAAGUUUACUAAGGGAAAGUAUCUACUAGUUCCCUCUGUACCCUUCAAGAAGUGUUGCACAUUUAUAACUCAGGUUGAUUACGGUAACUGUUUGUGUAAGCAUUAAGCAUGUUUUCGUACUCUUCAUAUGAUGGCAUAUUUCUCACUUCGGACUUCAAACACUUUGAAAAGUUCUUUCUUUCUUUCUUUCUUUCUAAGGCUUUAAACAUGAUAAUUGUGAUACUUUCUGUGCUAUAAUGUCGUUUCUUGAAUGCCUUUGAGAGACUUCUUCAGCUUUUCAAGUCGACAGGAAAGAUUGACUGAGGUAUUGCUAACCCUUUCGCUGCUGCAGCGCCUCUUGGACACUUGUAUUCCCACCGAGGGUAGGAAAGUAGAUACAAAAUGUAUUUGUUUUACAUUAUUGCAUUUGCAGUAGGAAACAAAAAGCAUCUACAAUAUAUUAUUAAAAACAAUGAAAAAUAAAAUAUUUUCAUAGUGGAAAUAAAAGCUAAAUAAAAAUAAAUAUUUGUCUGAAUCUCCAAUAUAUAAUAGAAAACGUGGUCCAAGAAAUUCUCUAUCAAGCCAUACAUGUUUCCAAGACAACAUAUUAUCAAGCUGUAUGUAUAUACAUUCAAUAAGCACAAUCUUGAAGGGGAUUUUUUUUUUUUUUAAAUUUCUAAUAAAAAAUGAAUCUUUCAAAAUAAACCGUGUGUUAAAUGUAAAAAUAUAUAAAAAUAAAAAUUUUGAGUCAAUAAUUUAUAAUAUAAAUACAGUAGUAGUCUACAUAAAUUAUUGCCAGGCAAAAUGUGCUUCCAAUCUAUGGUAUAUCAUUGCAAUAAACAAGGACUUUAAUUUAUUUUAAGAGCAAAAUACAAAAAUUUAAUUAUGACUUUUACUGCAUUGAUUUGUUUUCUGGUUUUAAUAUUUCUAAUAAUAAAAAAGUAUCUUCAAUAUAUUUUUUACCAUUAUUAUUAUUAUUUCACUCAUAAUGUUAAGUAAGUCUUGAUGAUGAAAACAUUUACACAAGAUGGAAACUCGCCAUACUAGUGUGAGUAGUGUGCGUGUACGCAACUCCUCGUCCUGCUUAGAUUGUAGUUUAUGUAAGUGCACCAUAAUACAAAGAUUUGACAUACUAAGCAAUUGCUGAAGAUGUAAUUUUGUAGUAUUCACUUUAUGAGAGUCCAAAAAAAUGAAGCUGAAAAAACUAAUAUUCCUAGGCCUAGUGUUGCACACACAUGUACUAUAUUCGACCUCAGAUAUUGUGUAUUAGGCCUAGGAAGGUUAGGUUAGGUUAGUUUGUCUUCGCAACAUAACUAGAAAAUCUUUUCCAGUUUGUCCAAAUUCAAUAGUGUCGAUUUCUAAUUAUUGUACGUUGUACGUUGAUAUAUGUACUAUGGUCCUUAUCGUUACUAUGAGUACUGGUACUACCAAAACAAGAAGAUGGGGUGGGGUGUGCGCACACUUGUGCAGGUGAGGGGGGAGGGGUUAUAUUUACACUGUCAUGGUGUACAAGACAAUACUGUAUUAUAAACCAUAAUUAAAUUUAAUUUGAUUAAAUUUAACAUAGUUUAUUUGUAGAGCGAGAAAUGGCUAAAACUACUAGGGCCCAAACUUCUGUUUUAACUUCCAGAUCAUCUGGGAUACCAUUAUAAGAUAUGUAAACUAUUUUCUUGGUACUUGGACUCAAGUUGUUCUUUACAAAAAUCGAGGCUGCUUUCUGCAGUGAAAGGGUUAAGAUGGUACUAAAGUACAUUUGUUCAUAUAUUUAAUACUUAAAUAAAAAAUCAAAUUUGAUAAACAAAUUUGUGGAUAUACAUUACUGUAUUUAACAAAAGCUAUACAGAAUUGUAUUGCACUUUUGUAAAGGUAUAUGUUCAAACUACCAGUACAAUGUUAGUUAAAAAGAAAACUCAAGAUCCUUUGAGGAUAUCAUACUUUAGAAUUUUAAAGUAAUUUAUAAGAAUUUUAAGUACUUUUUAUAAGUUAAUUUUAUUUUUACUUUAAUAAAUUAGCAUAGAAGAGAAUAAAUGUAAAAAAUAGCUCUAUUUAUUAUGGAUACAUGAAGAUUAUAGAUGUCACUUUUAUUAUAAUUUCUGGGUGAUAGGUUCUUAAGCGCGCAAGUUGGGAGUCCAGAUCUGCCUGUAUGUUACCGGAGUAACACGAAGGGAAGUGCAGAGCUCUUUACAUUAACACAGUUAACAGGUAUGGAAUUUUAGAGGGACAUUAUCUGAAAAUAUUGUUAAACUUUAAAUUUAAUUUCAUUAUGUGCUCUGCCAGAAUUUCCUUUGAACAAGUUAUAUUUAUGUUCAGUAUAUAGAAAUAUUUAUAACAUUCAAAAAUGUAUUCAUAGGAAUUCAUAUUCAAAGCAAUAUAAGAACUCUAACAAAGAAUGAGAUCUAUGGCUGGUUUUGGAUAGUAAACUGUCACCAGAGGAGAACACAAUGAACAUUGUGUGAGUAGCAUAUGCGUCGCUUUCCAACUUCAGAUUCGCUUUUAAAUAUGUGGAUGGUGAAAUACUAAGGAAACUGACUUCUGAGAGACCAAAAUUGGAACAUGAAGCAGUUGUAUGGUUCCCAUAUUUCAAGAAGCACAUCAAUAAACUGGAAAUGGUACAAAGGCAUACUACAAAAUAGCUUUCAGAACGGAAAAACAAGAGUCACGAGGAGAGGCUAGAGGCGUUAAAUAUGCCAAAACUAUAAGACAGAAGAAAAAAGAGGUGAUAUGAUCACCACUUACAAAAUAAUAACAUGAAUUGACCCAAAUUGACAUAGAAAUUGCUAAAAUCAGCAACUUCAAGAACAAGAGGAUUGAUUCAAGCUAAGGAAAUGAAGGUGCCGAAAUAAUAUUAGAAAGGUUUUUUUUGCAGAGUGAUAGACAGAACAAGUUAAGUGAGAAGGUGGUGGAGGCCAAAACCAUCAGUAGUUUCAAAACGUUAUUUGACAGUACUGGAAAGAUGGGUUCAUGAACGUAGCCCUCAUCCUAAAACUUCACUUAGGUAAUUACACACACACACCUAUAUAUAAUAUAUACAUACAUAUCGUGCAAUCUUAAAUAUCCAGACAUUUAUGCUGAUUUCAUUCUGACUUUUUGUGAAUUCCAGAUUUAAAUAUUAUUUGGUUCUUAAUCACAACAUUUGAGGAUUUUCUUAUAUCAAAUGAUACUACAACAUUUUGUGCAAGUUAAGAUACAGUACAGAUAAUAUAUUAACAAUGAUUCUGUAAUAUAAUACAAAUACAGUAUAACAUUUUUAUUUACCAUACUGAAGUUCAUUCUUAUCCUGCUAAGUAUAGUAUUGUACAAUACUUGAAAACUGUUUGAUCAAAUUCAUACAAAUUUUAAAGUUUGAGAAUUUUUCUCGCAAUCAUUACCACCAUAACUCUUCCUUGGCUUUUUGUCAGUCGUUGCCAGUCCUGGCACUCAACUUUUCUACCAGUCCUUCACACACCAGCCAUGAUCACUAUUCUAUAAAUUCAGUGUUUCAUGCAUCUUAAAUAUCUCAUCUUCCUAAAUCUGAGUACUGGAGGCAGACCUCUAUUGUAUUCAAAUAAUGAAAUAUCCAAAGAAAAAGGAUUUUGUAUGAGAAGAAAUAAUGCCAAGCUAACACAGAUGGGAGAAAAAUAGGUGUUAGGACAAAAAUGUCAGUAGUACUGUACCAUCCAUGGAUAAAAAGUUACAAAUACAAAUUUCGUUAUUCAAUUUGUAGUACUGUAGUGUACAACAGAAGUAUAGUAGAUCAUUCUUGAAGAUAUAUGUAUUUUUCAAUUUAUAUUUACUAAUGGCAUUAGAAUAGUAAAAGCAUCGGAUAAAACAUGAUGGCUAGAAACUGCAGUGCGCACACGCUCUGGGUUUUGUUGAUGUUUUCAGAAUUCGGGUUCCGUGUUCCAGAUUUCAGUAAACUAUUAUAAUGUUUGUUAUUUAGAGGUUGCUCUGGGUACCAGUGUAUAUUAUAUAAAUAUAUUUACUUGCAUAAUUCGUUAAGUUCUAAUAAAAUCUAACAUAUUUGGUUAAGUUCUAAUAAAACCUGAGAAGGGUGCUAAAAAAAAAAUUCUCUUGAGGCUGUUUAAACUUUUUCUCUUGGGAAAGACGUUAUGAAAAUGUAAAGCUAUUCAGGGAAUUAAUUUCUGAAUGUUGUGAUUUUCAGAAAUCACCACAUUCAGAAAUAUUGUGAUUUAUUGAUUUUUUUUCUUAUCUGUAGAAAGGAAAAUAGUGUACAUAAAAGAAUGUUAUGAAAUUAUUUGAUGCUUUGCUUAAUGUGUGUUUUCAUUUUCUAAAGUGCUUCAUGUGUUUAUAAAUCCAAACUUGGAAGAUAUAAAAUAUAUGCUGUUGCACACUGCUACAUAAUCUUAGUGAGACUUAACCAUGUACAAAGAAUUGGAUUAGGAUUAAGAAGUGUUGUAGAUAUUGUAUUAAUAGGAUUAGUAGUAGAGUUUGUCAGGUAUCCAUUUUUAAUGGGAAAUAUUUUUUUAAACUACAGAUUACAUCAGGGUUUUCUAUGAUCUAUCCUAACUGGUUUCUUGAUUGUUACUCUUAAGUGAUUACUUAAAUCCUGUACUAUCCUUUAUACCAUAAGUUGUGCAUACAGUAUAUGCCGGUCCUCUGGGUCGGCUUUGUAUAGAUUUGUUAUUUGAUUUAUGAUACCAUGAUUGUUGUUAGCCUCAGUUUUAUACAUAAUAAGUGGAGUGGCUUGCUAUUAAAAGCAGAUCUUGCACUGCUCUGUCUGAGUCAUAAUGAAGCUACUGUAAUCAGUAACUGUAAUAAACUAAUACAGUACA